AUGACGAUCCCCGGACUCCGAGACUGUGGGAAAACCACGCUCGCCCAUGCAAUCGCCAAUGAGACUGGCGUGCCAUUCUACAAGAUAUCCGCGCCGGAAGUCGUAUCUGGGGUCUCUGGAGCUUCUGAGGAAAAUAUUAGAGUCUUGUUUAAGAAGGCGUACAGAACUGCUCCCUCAAUUGUAUUUAUAGAUGAGAUAGACGCAAUUGCAUCCAAGAGGGAGAAUUUGCAACGUGAAAUGGAGCGGCGGAUAGUUACACAGUUAAUGACAUGCAUGGAUGAAUUCCACCAGAAUGUUGGAUCAGAUGGUGGUGACUUGGACUCGCAAUCAUCUGAAAAGAAGCCUGGCUAUGUCAUUGUCAUUGGAGCUACCAAUAGGCCUGAUGCUGUUGACCAAGCGCUUCGGAGACCAGGGAGGUUUGAUCGAGAAAUAUCUCUUGGUGUUCCAGAUGAGAUUGGACGGAAACAGAUUUUGAAGAUGCUUACUCAGAACCUAACACUUGAGAAAGACCAAUUUGACCUGUUCAAGAUAGCAAGGGCUACCCCAGGAUUUGUUGGUGCAGACUUGAAGGCAUUGGUAGAUAAAGCAGGGAAUCUGGCAAUGAAGAGAAUAAUUGUUGAAAGAAAAAAGCAGAGUGGUGGGGGUGAUCUAAACAACAAGCAGGACUGGUGGAGACAUCCUUGGAGUGAAGGUGAAAUGGACAGCCUAUGUAUCACUAUGGAUGACUUUGAGGAAGCAGCCACAAUGGUUCAACCAUCAUUGAGAAGGGAAGGAUUUUCUUCUGUGCCUGACGUCACAUGGGAGGAUGUUGGAGGUCUUGAUUCGUUAAAGAAAGAAUUUGACCGGUGCAUUGUUCGUUGUAUCAAGCACCCUGAAGUUUAUAAGGAUUUCGGAGUGAACAUGCAAGCUGGGUUUUUGCUGUUUGGACCUCCAGGCUGUGGGAAAACACUAAUAGCAAAAGCAGUUGCACAUGAUGCAGGGGCAAAUUUUAUUCACAUUAAGGGGCCUGAGCUACUGAACAAGUAUGUUGGGGAGAGUGAAUCAGAAGUAAGGAAGAUAUUCACCCGUGCAAGGAUUAACUCCCCAUGCAUCCUAUUUUUUGACGAGAUAGAUGCUCUGACAACAAAGAGAGGGAAAGAGGGAGGAUGGGUUGUUGAACGUCUCCUAAACCAGUUACUUGUUGAACUCGAUGGUGCUGAUCAGCGUCAUGGUGUUUAUGUUAUUGGAGCUACGAACAGAAUUGAUGUUAUAGAUGAGGCUGUCCUACGGCCUGGCAGAUUUGGGAAGAAACACUUUGUACCUUUACCUGGUGCCGAUGAGCGGGUUGCGAUAUUGAAAGCACAUACUGAAAAGAAAACUCUUUCUGAAGAUGUUGAUUUGAACGCAAUUGCACGUCGAGAGGAGUGCAAUAAUCUCACUGGUGCCGACCUGGCAUCACUGGUGAAUGAAGCAGCGAUGGCAGCAUUGGAAGAGCGGUGCGAAUUCCUGGCGAAAGGGGACUCGUCAAUGAGUACUGACUUGACUAAUAAGAUUAAACUGCGGCACUUUGAGCAUGCUCUCUCUAAAGUAAAGCCCUCGGUAUCUGAACAGCAAAGGAAACACUUCGACGCGCUGUCAAAGAAAUAUUCGGCCAACUGAUACGCCAUCGUCAUCGUGCUUACGAGGACCAUACUGCAGUUUUGCUUUUUUGUUUUCGCUCAUAUGAUAGCUUAUUGUAGAGAUUGCGUGCGCGACUCUACACUAAGCUAUACAAUUUUGGUAGUGAGGAACUCGUUUUGGGUGUUUGGAAAAUAUGAACUCGUUAUGCUUUGUUGUACGGGCUUUGAUUGGUAGCGACCCCCUUUGUAAUGUUGCAAAAUGCAAAUCGAAGAAUCAUUGAGGAGCUUUCCGCGAA